AUGGCACUGCCCCCGCUCUUUCCGUUGGGGAGACGGAAGUCCCUCCCCAAUGCCGGAAGUGCAGCGGCCUUACUUCCGCAGAGUCUCUCGAGACGCGGAGUAGAUUGGUUUCCGGCCCCGGGUGGGCGCGGACUUGGUUCGGUGCGCGCUCCGGAGCUGUGUCCCGGGAGCGCGGUCCUGCGGGCCGCUUGCGCGGGGAUCCGGGGGGACUGCGGCCGCGCGAGGAGAGCGCCGAUCCGGGUGCCGGGCAAGUGCAAGGCCAUGAACGGCACGGCGAACCCGCUGCUGGACCGGGAGGAGCACUGCCUACGGCUCGGGGAGAGCUUCGAGAAACGGCCGCGGGCCUCCUUCCACACGAUUCGCUACGAUUUCAAGCCAGCAUCGAUAGACACUUCCUGUGAAGGAGAACUCCAGGUUGGCAAAGGAGAUGAAGUCACCAUUACGCUGCCACACAUCCCUGGGUCCACACCGCCAAUGACAGUGUUCAAAGGGAACAAGCGGCCCUAUCAGAAGGACUGUGUGCUCAUUAUUAACCACGACACUGGAGAGUAUGUGCUGGAGAAGCUCAGCAGCAGCAUUCAGGUCAAGAAGACAAGAGCUGAGGGAAGCAGUAAAAUCCAAGCUCGAAUGGAGCAGCAGCCAGCUCGUCCCCCACAGCUGUCACAGCCGCCCCCUCCACCUCCACCCAUGCCGUUCCGAGCCCCGACAAAGCCUCCAGCUGGACCCAAAACUUCUCCCCUGAAGGAUAACCCCUCACCUGAGCCCCAGUUGGACGACAUCAAAAGAGAGCUGAGGGCCGAGGUGGACAUUAUUGAGCAGAUGAGCAGCAGCAGUGGAAGCAGCUCCUCCGACUCCGAGAGCUCCUCAGGCAGUGAUGACGACAGCUCCAGCAGCGCAGGCGAGGACAAUGGCCCAGCCUCGCCUCCCCAGCCCUCACACCAGCAGCCCUACAACAGCAGGCCUGCGGUGGCCAACGGAACCAGCCGGCCCCAAGGAAGCUCUCAGCUCAUGAACACACUCAGAAAUGACCUGCAGCUCAGUGAGUCUGGCAGUGACAGUGAUGACUAGCACCAGGCUUUUGAAAUCUGCUUUCUGGAACUCGAACAUGCUGCAAGACCCAGCCCCGUCUGCCGGGACCACAUGCCAGCCACAAGAGGAUGUUGCAGAUCAGAGCCAAUAGGCGUUAAGGCCUAGAAGCACUCAGAUACUCAGUCUUUACCUUGGUGGUGGGGGGUGAUUUUUCUCUUGUAAUUUUUGAACAAUCUCUUGAUUCAGAGUUUAAGUAUAUCUAUAGGAGAACUAACAGAAAUCUGUUUUAUUUGGUUAACAUUGUUAAUGAAAAGCAGACCAAUGUACCCUGGUCUAAGACACUCAAAAUCCAUAUCUUCAUAGGUCAGUAAUUGAGCAGCUCAGUUCGGCUGGGUGAUCUCUAUCAGUAAAAUACAAGUCUUUUAAGGGCAUGGAAAGAAAAGAGAUCCUCAAAUUGUGUCAUAGAAAUACAUUAAGACCACUUUACAGUGUUGAUACAAAGUGGUAAGGAAGUUUGUGACCUAGUUUGACCAGACCAUAGAAGUUGGCCUUGGCAGAGUCUUUGGGUCAGUUGGGGUAUGUGUGUGGGUGUGUAUGUGUGUGUGUGUGCUGGAGAUCCAAUAUUCAGUCCAGCACAGCUAGGAAAAGGAACACACAGCAGGAGCUGCCAGUUACCUGUCCCUGGGCGGGCUGGCUCAUUACUUCCUCUUUUGAAUUACACUUGCUGGCAUGGAACUUUCUAUUGGAUUCCGAAAGACAAAAGCAUUGCAGGCAUUCAGCUUGGGUUCAGACUCAGGUAGUUCCAGCACAUUCAAGGCAGAGUGAGCAGAUAGAACAGCUGCCGUCAGUUGUGCUGACAAAACCCUCAGCUCAUCUGAGGCUUUUGCUUCUGUGCAGAUCCAUCCCUAAGUUGUUCUUCAUUCCCAGGAAGUUAACAGAGGGUAGGAAUCAAAGAGGGAUGUGGUGAAGAACCUCUGAGCACAUUAGCCAGCAGCAAGCCUCCACAGGUGAGAAUCCAGACAGGAGUUGGGCAGUAUGGAACAGUCCUCGGAAUCUGUUUGAUUUGUGCUGCUGUUGGUGCCUGACUCCCAGUCUGGUGGGUUAGUUUUGUAGAAGAGAAUCACAAGAUUGCCUUUUGCUCUAUGCCAUUUCCAAAUAAAUGUUCUUGCUGGAAACUGGUCACUAGUCAGUGUUGCACAUUGAGGAAGUAUGUGGUGACUUGAGUGUCUGCCCAUCUCUAUGGUCUGAAUGAAUAUAUCCUAGGAAGUCCCUAUCUUCGCUUUAAGACAUUAACAAUGCUAUUCUUUCCUCCUACAUAGUGGAGGAAGGUGGUCUGGACCUAAAAAGGAAGCGACUGGUCCAUGGUGGGGCCUUAGGUCGUAUAGGUCAGCUAUGUGGUCAAUACACCAUAUAGAUCAACUGAUCCACUCAGAAACUGAAGGGAGCUGAGAUGGGUGGGGCCAUUGCCCGGCAGCACACCUACCCCUCUCUGCACAAGCUCAGAUGCAGAGUGCGCACCCGUACCCCCUGCUCAGUCUCAGCCCACUGGGAGAUGCUCUGUGGAUCCAGUGGCAGGUGGAACCUAUUUAUAGCUAACUGAUAAUUGCUUUAUAAUUCUUUGGUAAUGAUAGCUCAGGGAAGGUGAAGGUUAUGAUUGGGUGGCUUGAAUUGUCACUAGAUGUGGGAAUUGAAUUGUUUCACUGCUCUUAACCUCUUCAAACUGUGGCAGGUUCCAGGAACUUGAACUAAAAAUGCCUAUUUAAGUCUCCCCUUGCCCCGCUUUUCUCCAAAAGCCUUGGUUUGUGUAGACAGAACUGUCGUGUUGGCAUGCUAGCUGGGGACUGUUGCCAUAGGAAAUACUUACAUGUGGCACUGGGCUUGAUAAGUUGAGCUUUCUGUGCCUCCAACUGAACAGUCAACCUGGCUUAGCUUCUGGUCCUUCUGUAGAUGGCUCCAGGUUUUGCUCUCUGCACAGAUCCUCCGGGGGUUCUUUCUGCUUCCCUGACCAGAGUAAGAGAGCUAUUUUUGGAAAUCUAGAAUGUAGCCUCCCAGAUGGCUUCUCAGGGGUAUCCUUGUGCCAACCAAAGGACUCCUUCCUGUCGCUGUGCCUUUGCUGUCCCCUCCUCUUCGCCCACUCUAACCCUCUCUCCAGAGCACCUCAGUAACUAUUUCACAAACUCUUCAUUUCUUUCAACCUAUGGGUACGCCCUGUUGUACAUACAAACUACCGUUCUACCUGGUCUCAGUUGGUAUUAGUGCCUCAAAAGCGGGCUGUCGUCACGGAACUAGACAUGCAGGUGCUCCUACUCUGGUUGGGAAAGAUUCGGAGACAACUACUAGUGAAGGGUGGAGGGUAAACAGGGAAACAUUCCAGGCAUUGAGACAAAGCCGGAAAUCAGUACGCAAUGCCCAUGUAGGUCUCUACUGAAUCUGUAAAUGACCUUUUAUUUGCUCUAUGCAAUGUUCACUUGGGCGAGGUGGAAGGACUAAUUCUACAGAGAUGCCAUGGCAAUCUUUUGAAAACCAUUGGGAAAAUGCAAUACAGAUAAACUAGAGAUUUGUAAAAUGCUGCGUGUUAGCUUGUUUCUGUAGCAGAAUAACUCUGUGGUGGUGUGCUGGAGUGAUAGGGAAACUUGAAAAUUCCAAAGUCCUUCCCUUUUUUGAGAGACUGGUUGUGUGUGUGUGUGAUAUUUAUUAAUUAUUUUAAAAGAGAAUUGUUUUGUAGAUAGAUAUGUAUUAAGAACAGCCAAACUGGAUUUUUCCACUUGGCAAGGAACAUAAACUUUUUGAAACUCAGGCCUUAACCAGUAGCUUGGAAGACCAACUCAAGUGUUAGGAACUGUGUGUUUUUGUUUCCUGUUAUUUCUGUCUUAGAUUCUUUGUGUCCUUUAAUGAUAUUUAAAAUCUUGUGCCUAAAAAUUUAUUUUGCUUAAUUCUGAUGUA